CAUUAAGUUUUAGACUGUUAUGUUCAGGUAAAAAUUCAGUCCUUUGGUGUAAAUUACACUAAACCAUACCAAAUCUACAUCCUGCAUAGCCAUCUAUUAGGGACAGAAAUUCAAAUUAAGUUGCAAAACAAAACCAACUAAAUAACUUCCUGAGGUGAAAUGAUCAUCGACACUGGUCUACUACUAGCCGAUUCAUUCCCUGGCAUUCAGGAUGAGCACAUAAACUCCGUUUCUUUCAAAAGGAAUUUGAUCCACCUUGGUCGGAUGGUUUUUACAGUAGUACCUAAUCGGCAUAAUAAAUUGCUUUAAACGUGGAUACCGGCCCUAUGCAAACACAUUGGACGAGUAAAUCCGAGUUGCUUUCAUUCACCGAUUUGUAUAUUCUGUACAUGUAACAUGUUUGCCCAUUGAUGAUUGUUUACGAAUUUGAACCUUCUUGCUCGAAAAUAAAGUAAAGUAAAAGAAAUAAAGUAAAAGCAAAGAAAGCACAGCUCCAGGGACAUGAAUAACUUGAGAACAGGUCAACCAGAAGUUUGAUGUGAAUCACUCUGUUCCUUGCUCUAUGGAAUCACUGGUGCCCUGUUUUACGCAGUGUGUGCCACUGAACAGGUAAUUAUGCCAAUGCCAGCUGGUAACAUGGGAUACUAUUGUCCACCUUUUCCCAACAAAACCGGAAGGAGGAUUUCUCUUUUUUAAUGUUCAUGGUCCAAAGAUGCAGACAAGAGGCUUAGCUGACGUGAUGUCUGUGGAGCCCACCAAGAUGGUAUCUGCAAUGGGAGUAAUUAUCAUCGCUGCUGCAUCAACCUUGGUUUCUGCAAAAGUCUGUGUUCUCGGUACGGAGCCAGACCCUGGUGACAGAGGCAGGGUCAAAUUCGUCAUUCCGCCGGGCGAUCCGUGUACCUGCGCCGAGGUCAGACUGGGUGGUCACAAUACGUACGCUCCACCAAGACGGCGAGGAACGGUCUAUGUCGGCAUUGGCGACCUGCAAAAGAUCUCUGCAGACGGACUGCGUGAGCAUUUCCAUUGCACUACGAACAAACCGGAGAGAAUUUUGACUUCAAAUCCGCGAGGUGAGGUCUGCAGAGGGACACUUGAGAAUUCAGGGGCGUGUCCUUCGAGCUGAAAUUUUGUUGAGGGGACAAAACUUACUGAGAGCACUCACAUGAACCUCCCCAUGUUGCGCACGAUGAAGCUCCGGCACGCACGUAGUCUUUUGGGAAUGCUCUUGGGAAAUGCAUUGCUUUUAUAACCCUUC